AUGAGGAGGAUAGUGAAAAACGAUGAAGAAGACGAAUGGUCGGACGGUGAACAGAGUGGCAGAUCUCAUAUAGACCGUUUCUGGAAGAAUGCAAGCUACGAUGAUCAGAACAAAGUAAUUUCAUCAAUUGUUGAGGUGCAUGGUAAAAAUGAGAAGAUACUGGUCACUGAAGCACUUAUUCGUGAAGUUAUUAAUUUUCCGGAUGAGCCAGAGUCGCCAAUAAGAUUUCCAGAACGAAUGGUGAAAGGAUGCAUGCUUAGAAUGGGUUAUCAGGGAGCAUUGAAUGUCGGAAACUAUUUAAAGUCGAAAUUUCAGAAACCAUACAAAUUCCUUAUUCAUUGUAUUUUGAUGUCGCUUAGCCAUACAAAGGGAGGUUAUGAUACAAUGCACGACUAUCAAAUGAACAUGGUGACUGCAUUAGUUUUGAACAAAAAGUACAACUUCUCGCAUAUUGUUUUUCACUAUAUGGCCGAGAAUAUUAGGACGAAGAGCAAGUCUUGGAUGUAUCCUCGAUUCGUGCAGAUGUUGAUCGAUCACGCUUAUCCAGAAAUUGAUUGGAAUAUAAAGGAUGACCUGUUGGUGCAAUCUCAUAUGAGCAACGAUUCGCUUAAACAGCUUGCAAGAUACCAUCCUAAUCACCCUGAACCAAAAGUUGGUGCUGAAUUCUUCGGGUUUAUAAAGGAUGCCAAUUAUGUUGAUCCUGAUCCAGUUGAUCACAAAAACUGGAGAAACGAAAAAGAAAUGAAAGAGGCUGCCUAUGCUGAAGAAUUGAAAACUAUUGCGGAGUUUAAAAGCAUAAAAAAUGAAUGGUUUGUCAAAGAAACAGGGAGGAGACGCAGAAAGGCCACUCUUAAAAUUCAAGAGGGUGAAGGGUCGUCAUCAAAACCAAAGAAAAAGCAAAAGAAAGCCGCAGAAACAUUAUUGAUUGAUGAACCUGAAGAAGAUGAACCAGUGGUAGCUGCGGAAGAAGAUCCGUUUAAUGUUGAUGAACAUAUGAUGUUUAAUAUUGAAGUCUUAGAGUCUGGGCCAACUGUUGAAGUUGAACAAGUUGUUAAUAUCGAAGCUCAGAAAGGGAAAGAGAAAGUUAUUGACGAUAUUGAGGGUGAUGAUGUUGACAAGAGUACAACAAGUUCCUCGAGUUCUUCAGAAGAAGAAGUAGUAGAUGAGACAGAACGUUUAAGAAGAAUUCAGGAAGCAACCGAGAAAGAGAAGUUAUUGAGGAAGAGAAAGAGACAGGAAAAGGACGAUGAUGAUGCUUAUGUUCCUUCUCCAGAACAUGUCUCCGAGUCACAAUCUCCUGCAAGUGGUCGAAAGAAAGGUGGAGCUCGAAAGAAAGUUGUAUCUCCUAAGAUCAGAAAGGUUACACCAAAGAUAUCAAAGCCAAAGAUUGUCUUGAAGAAGAAGCCAACCGAAGAAACUAGGAAACCACAAACACCACCACAUGAACCAACACCACCUCAAUCACCCAUUCAUUUAUCUCCACGACAACCUACACCACCACAACAAUCUUCACCACCAAAACAACCAACACCACCCAGACAACCAUCACCUAUACAGCUUUCACCACUACAUCUUUCACCACCACCACAACAAACCUUGUUUACAUCGCAAGAAAUCUUUCAAACACCUCCUCCCACUGAAAUUUAA